AGUCUGAGUGAAACCUUACCGCGAGGCAGUUCAAUUGAAUCGUCGUGCGCGUUUUAAGCCUUAAGACCACCGUGUGGCUCAUUCACAAAAUUCCCAUUCACAGACGGUGGUGUGUUUGUUUGUUUGUGUGUGUGUGACGAGAAAAAAAAGUGGGUGGCUGUGGUACAAAUUCUUCACGUCUCCCAUCGUCAAAUAUCCAACGCGAAACCCGCGUACUAUGUGGUAGAGUUCUAAUUAGGUGCACAAGUGACAGUUUUAAACGGGAUUUCUUGUGGGUGUUAGCACCAACCAAUUAUGGCUCUACGCGAGUGGAACUGACGGGAGACGCACCAUAUAGUGGAAUAUUGGUCUUCUCCGCUGCUCACCAGCAUCAUCGUUCCCCAAGUCCAACAAUCAUCACCAGCAAAGGCAAUAAUAUUACUGUAAUUCGAAGCUACGAUCUUGGAAGACGCGCAAAGUUGAAGAAAGAAGAAAAAAUAAGCAAGACGGACCGUGGAAGAGAACAACCAUCGAUAAACGACUCUUUUUGCAUCGCACGAAAUGACUCACCUGCAUCACUUGGUGCUAUUUAUCGCGAUUGGAUUUGCAGCAGCAACAGCAACAGCAUGGAAACCCUGUCCGGAGCUAAGUCCAGCACUCAGAUUUCCCUGCAGAUGCAAACUGGAACCUCUGGGGCUGAAUGGGGCCCUCGGGGCCGUAGCAAUGGAUUGCGAUCGUGUUGUGUUUCAGGGUGAAUCGCCCGUGCUGCCGGUCGGAGCCCCAAUUAUCGCCUUCUCACAGCGCUUCAGUGGUCAACAGGCGCUCCCAAGUCAGGCUUUCGCUACAUCAAACCUCCCUUUGCGAAAUCUCGACUACUCACACAACUCCAUCCGCCGGCUGCCUGAUAAGGCAUUCACGGGGAUUCAGGAAACCCUCACGGAACUCCAUCUCAAUGAUAAUCUUCUCGGGGAUUCACUGAAUCCCAUUUUUUCCACAUCAGAAUUCCACGCGCUUGCCAAUCUACGCGUGCUGGAUCUGUCUGGGAAUAAGAUAAAAGCCAUCGAGGAGGGAAUUCUCAAAGGAUGCGAAAAACUUCAGGAAUUCUACCUUGAGCGCAAUAGCUUGGCCAGUGUCCCAUCUAUGUCACUCAAUGGACCAGCAGGGCUCAAAUUUCUCAGUCUCCGUAGCAACAAUAUCGCCCAAUUGCGAACGGAGGCAUUUGCAGCUCAAUCAAAUCUCGAGCGGAUUGACUUGAGGAACAACAGAAUUGGGCAUAUUGAGGGAAAUGCCUUCUCAGGACUCACAAACAUCAAGGAAAUCUACUUGGCUGGCAAUCGCCUGUCAAGGAUGAACAGUGAUGUCUUCCUUGGAGCUUCAAUGCUGCAGAAAUUGGAUUUAUCUGAGAACUUCAUCACAAACUUCCCAGCAGUCUCAUUGAAGGCAAUUGAGAACGUUAAAGUUCUCAAUCUAUCUGCCAAUAUGAUCACCAAUUUGGACAGUUCCCAUCUGGCUAAUGUUAAAGGACUCCAAAUUCUCGAUGUUAGUCGCAAUGGGAUCACCUCAAUAGCUCCUGGAACUUUUAGGGAUCUACGAACACUCAAAUUCCUAGAUAUUAGUUUGAAUGCUCUACGAACGAUCGAAGACGACGCCUUGGAAGGCUUGGACGCCCUUCAGACGCUAAUUAUUCGAGACAACAACAUACUCCUGAUUCCCGGAAGUGCCCUCGGACGUCUUCCGAGACUCUCAAAUCUGUACCUAGACUACAAUCGUGUUGCAGCCCUAUCUUCGGAUAUUCUUGGAUCCAUUCAACCCGAAGAUAUUCGCUACAUGUCCCUAUCGAGGAAUGUAAUCCGCGAACUACCACCAGCUAGCUUCCAGAUGUUCAAGAAUCUCAUCUACCUGGAUCUUUCGGGGAAUUCUCUAAUUGGAAUUAGUGCAGAUAUUUUUGUUGGACUCGAAGCCUCCUUGCAAGACUUGAGGCUAGCUCAGAAUAAGAUAACAAGCAUAGGGAGCGUUCCACUUGCUCUGAAAAAUCUCCUUAAACUCGAUCUCAGUGAGAAUAACAUCGUGGACAUUCCCAGGAAUGCUUUUACGGGAAUUUCUGGCUUAACUCAUCUCAAUUUGAGUGGGAACCCUCACUUAGGUCCACUACCGCACAAUCUCCUGCAACCACUCAAGAAACUCCGUAGCCUAGACCUGAGUAAAUCUGGACUGAAGGUCCUUCCAAUUGAAUUGUUGGCUAACAAUCCAGAGCUACGCGUCAUAAAUCUGCAGAAUAAUGCAAUUCAAGAGAUUCAGGAAGGAACAUUCUCCAAUUUAAGGAAUAUAACUUCAAUUGAUCUCUCCAACAACAACAUCAUGACAAUCAGACCUUCGUCCUUUGUGAAUGUAAUGAAUAUUCAGAAAUUAUCAUUGAGAGGAAAUCAAAUGAGUGCCUUCAAGGGAGAAAUCUUCAACACAGGAACAAGUCUCGAGGAACUAGACAUCUCCAACAAUCAAAUAAUCUACCUCUUCCCAUCGGCAUUCAGAAUUCAUCCCAGACUUCGACAUUUAGACAUUUCAAGCAACAAACUCAAAUUCUUCGUUUCCGAAUUAAUUGGAAACCUUCAGUACUUGGAAUUUAUCAAUUUGUCCGGAAAUAUGCUGAAGAACAUCGAAGAACUGGACUUUGCCCGUCUUCCUAGGCUCAGAAGUUUACUAAUUGCUAGAAAUUCCAUUGAUACACUGAGCGAGAUGUCCUUCCACAACUCCACGCAACUCCAAAUAAUUGAUCUCAGCGACAAUAGGCUAGACAGGAUUGGAGAUCGAACCUUUGAGGGUUUAGUGCGACUUGAACAUCUAAAUCUUGAAGGGAAUAACCUGUCUGAAUUGCCGGAGACAAUCUUUGAACGGGGAAAACUUCAAAUGCUUGAAAAUAUCAAUUUAGCAAGAAAUAAUUUCGAAGUAGCUCCACUGAAAUCCCUCCAGAGGCAAUACUUCUUUGUCUCAUCUGUUAAUCUGAGUCAGAAUAAAAUUAAGCAUAUCCCUGGGGAUGACAGUAUCAUGGUUAACAUCAAAGAAUUGGAUCUGUCGUACAAUCCCUUAACCGAAGAAGCAAUUUCGAAUAUUCUCAGUGAACCCAAAACCGUUAGGGAUCUAAACUUGGCAGGAACUGGAAUAAAGGAGAUCACAUCCCUCGAAACGCCCUUCUUGCAAGUCUUGAAUCUCUCCAUGAAUCGCAUAAGUAGCGUGAAUGAGAGAGUAUUUAGCAGGGCAACACUGCUGGAGAAUUUGGAUUUAUCCGGAAAUAAACUUCAAGACAUGAAGGCAAUUUCGAAAAUCUGGCCAACCCUGAAUUCCCUUCAAUACCUUGAUCUAUCGAAUAAUUCCUUUGAAACCAUUGCCCACGGGGAUUUGGAUAAUUUGGAAAUGCUAAAAUCCCUAUCAAUUGCAAACCUACAACAUUGCAGCCGAAUAGAGAAGAAUGCCUUCAAGGAUUUGCCGAAUUUAUCCAAAUUGAGAGCCUACAACUAUCCCAGAUUGGGUUAUCUCGACGUCCAAGGGAUCCUAGAAGCCCUACCGGGUCUAGAAACGUUGGACAUUGAAGUGAAAGAUGCUGCAGUUGGAAGUGAUCAAAUACAACCGUCGCAUCAUCCGAGACUCAAAGAACUAGGAAUUCGUGGUUAUAGACUUAGGAGUAUUUCCUCGGGCACCCUAGCUGGGCUCAAGGCUCAAGAUCUCAACAUAAAACUCAUGAAUACGUCGCUUUCAGCACUUCCACCGGCUCUUCUCUUCCCUGUUCCCAGAUCUUCUCACCUUACGCUCGACAUUACAGGAUCCCGCAUACCCGUGCUUUCGCCUCAACUACUAGCAGCACUGGAGGAUCGGAGAACUAGCUUGAGCCUUAAGGGACUCGACAGCAAUCCAAUUCACUGUGAUUGCAAUGCCAGAGCACUCCGAAGGUGGAUUCCGGGAACAAAUAUGGCUGAUCUUAAGUGCCGUACACCGGAAUAUCUGCAAGAUCGCCUGCUAACCGAAGUGGGUGAUGAUGAACUAACCUGUGACCCAAGACGCCUACCAACAACCACACCAAAGCCCACAAUUGCCAUUAUAACCUCAACCACUCCCUCACGCGCCACAAUGACCCCAACAACGGAACCCGAAAUCAUCUGGAGUUUAGCUCCGACAAAAUCCGUUCCUAAAAUCAAAACAAAGGCACCGCAGAUGAAGCAAGCCCCCAUGAAUAACGAUGAUACCCUCAUCAUUGGCAUCGUUGGUGGUGUUGUAGCCUUCAUUGCAAUCCUAAUCAUCAUAAUCUGCAUUGUUCGCCUACGAAUGAGUAGUACCCCAUACCGUGGACCCGUUCCCAUGGGUAUCCCGCCCAUGCCUAUGGGCCCCGGAAGUGUUCAGAUGAGCUUCAAAGGAACACCAGGACCUCCGGCCCUCUACGCUGUUCCCCCGUAUGCACAGAGCUACGCUACACUGCCACACAAACUCCCCCCACCACACUCCGUUGUAGCUCAGAGUCAUCACAAUCUCAGUCAAAUCAGACCAACCUACUCUACAAUGGGACGCGUUCCGUAUGCCUUCCAGCAGCAACAACCACCACCACCGCAGCAAUCACAGCAGCCGCAAUCAACUUCACACAAUGGACAACCCUAUGUAAUCUACGACGAGAAAGCUUACAGGUAAUACCCGGAUGAACCACACCCAUGCCCUGAUGCCUAGUCAUUGAUGCUGAAUUUCAAUCCAAUAGCACGACUAAGUUUCUCCAUUAAUUCUGGGCAUUGAGAUUGUAAAAGAUAAAAAUUAUUCCAGGGAUGUUCGUUGAAAGAAAAAACGUUGAAAUUUAAAAAUUUGAAUAUUAAAAAAAAUCAUGGCCUACUGCAAACUUUGGAUAAGGAUAAAAUGGAUAAAGUAAACUUGCCUGUAGCCUCUGCAGCGUCGUUCCUACAUAGUUUUCACAGCAUUUACAUAAAAUUAAUUAAAAAUUUAAAAAAAAUGGAAAUAAGCGCGAAAUCCCUGGAAUCUAUACAUAGAAAAGGUUCUCUGAAGCACCUUGAAAAAUCGAGACUCUGUCCUUUGACCUUUCUUUAGCUUUAUUCUCGCGUAAUAUUUACGCGCCAAUUUGUUUUUUAUAUUAAAUUAAUUAAUAAAAUGUUUUACGUUGUAAAUAUAAAAGCAUUUUUUGUAAGCAAUAUUAACUCUGGCAGUGUAUCCCCCUUACCCCCCCUCCCCAUGAUCUGUAAUUAAUUUCUUUUUUAAGGUUUUAUCUCAUAAAAGAAACUUUUAAUAGAUUUAAAAAAAUAAAUGAAUAAGGAUUUGUUGAAAUAUUAUUAUUAUUUAAAAUUAUAUAGUUUUUCUUUCGUACAUAGCACUGUAAGUCACUUUUCACAGCGAAAUAAAUAAGAUUUAAUUGAAA